AGUUUCAGUUUGUUUUAACCUUAUUUAAGUAACUAUUUAUUUAGUUUAUUGAGUAUGUGAAAAAGUUAUGUGGUUACAAAAAUACUGCAAAAGUAGUAAUUUUAAAAAUGUUACAUGUGGGACAUUUAAAUAAGAAGAAAUCCCUAAAUACUAGUACACUAAUAGUAAUACUAUUACUAGCGAGUAUAGCGUCUAAACUUUUUUUUUUAAAUAAUGAACUAUUUUAGUCUUAAUUCUUGAGCAUUUUUAACUUUUCGUGACAGUAGUGCGUGAAUUGAAAUUUGAAUAAAAAUACUUUAUCUUUUAAUUUUAUUAUUAUUAUUUUUCUUCACACGAUUAUUAAAGUUAACACGCGUUUUUGUAGUAUUGUUAGUUGUACAACUACGUAUUACUCACUUACUGUUAUACAAAAUACAGUCUGUAGUCAUUUCAGUUUUAAUUGUUUAUAUUGUUAUAAUACUAGUUUCGACUGAUUUGCUUUUAUCAUCGCUGAAUUGUAUUUGGACUGGAAUUUUAUAAGUUCACAAAUAUGGAAGACAUUCACAUAUGUGGAGCAUGUAAAACUCAGUUUUCAGAUAUAGAAGAGUUUUUGUUACACAAACAGCACCAUUGUCAUGUACAAAAUGAAAAGCUUCAUACCUCAAGCAUGGGCCUACCUCCAACUCAACAAGAAGUGAGUAAUGCAGCUUCUGCAAUAAAUACAUCUCAAGAAUCAGACCUUCCAGGCUUUAUGUUACCUGAGCAGUCAGUAAAUCAUCAUUCUUGUGAUGCUGCUGUCAGUGAAACUGUACAUAGUGAAAAUAAUCCCAUUAGUGUGGGCAGCAUCACACAGGAUCAUGAUACAGUUGUACAACCACUCUACACCGCCUCAAUCAUCCUCCCUGCAAGUAUUGGUAUGUUGGGGACAGAUACAACAGCUACAAAAGUAACCUGUACAAUACAAGGGAAAGCUCCUCAGGUUAAGAAAUACAAAUGUUCAUAUGAGGAUUGUAAGUUCACCUCAGCUUAUUCGAAGGACUACUGUCGACAUCAGCGAAUCCAUUCAGGAGAAAAACCAUUUUCUUGUCAACUGUGUGGAAAACGCUUUAGUAGAUCAGAUAAAGUUAAAGCCCAUCAAAGAACCCACACAAAGGAAAGGCCCUUUAAAUGUCCUAACUGUGAUUAUGCGGCUAAAGAUAGAGGCAGUUUAACAAAACACCUUCGUACCCACACGGAUGAAAGACCACAUAAGUGCCAGAUAUGUCCAUAUGCAUGUCGCCGAUCGAGUCAGCUGGCAGUUCAUUUACGUACUCACACAGGAGAUAGUCCUUUUUACUGUGUCAUCUGUGAAACUAAGUUUAAAAUAAAUUCAGACCUAAAGCGGCACAUGAGAAUUCACACAGGGGAGAAGCCUUUCAAAUGUGAUAUGUGCAAUUAUCGUUGUGCAAUAAAAGCAAAUUUAAAAACCCACAUAAGAGUGAACCAUUGUACAGACAAUCCCUUGAAAUGUUCAAGUUGUAAUUUUACCACUCCCUCUCGCCGAGCCCUUAAGGAACAUGAACGUGAGCAUAAUGAAAAGUCUCAGCGAUGCAGCCAAUGCAACUACACAGCUUCCACUCGCUCAGCCUUGAAAAUACAUGCGAGGAUUCACUGUGAGGAUAAACCAUUUAAAUGUGACCACUGUUCAUACAGUUCAAAGCAGUUAUGUAACGUACGAUUCCAUAUAAAGAAGAAACACCCUGAUAAAGUUGAAAAAGACUCAAGUAAAAAGACAUUUGGUCAAAAGCAUGUGACAACUCCUUCUUCAACCAAAACACAGAAAAAUGGAAAGGUUUUGGGCAACAGAACUUUCAAAUGUGAUAAAUGUGAAGCAAGUUUUGCUAGAAGAGAUUCUUACCAAAGUCACUUGAGGCAUCACAGAAGUUGUGAAACUUUAAUUCAACAAACUGUUGUACCUGUAGUUAGUACGUCCUUAACACUGGUUUCUUCAAGUAAUGUGAUAACAACAAGCAUUUCUCCAAGUAGUUUACCAGGUUCUCUUGUUGUGCAAAACCCAUCUCUCAGUCCUCAGAAUUGCAUUGUCACUCAAGCCACAAGUCAAAAUUUAACACCUCAAUUUCAGACAGUUAACUCUUAUCCUUCUUUAAGAUUCUCUCAUGGUGUGGUCUCAGGAAUGCCAGUUGAAGUCCAAGACUCCAUGCAUUCCAGUAAUGGAACACCAGUUUUUGUUAUUCCUGCUUCUGAUAACAAUGGAUCUCUAUUGUUUCGGUCUUGUAGUUCUACACUUGAGCAGUCAUCAUCUCAAGAGAAAUCUGUUAGUUCAACAUCAUAUCAACAAAAUCAAGAACCAGCUUCUCCUAUAGGAGAAAGGAUUACAAGUCAGUUUAACUUUAAUAUGCCAAAUACAGUUAAUUCUAGUAACUUUUCCAUACAGGGAAGCCAAGCCAAAUCAAGUGAAGAUCUAAGAAAAGAUCAGCCUGAUUGUAUUUGCUCACAAAGUUCACUUUUACCUGAAGGGUGUUGUGACACAAACGUUGUGAUCCCACAUUCCACUGUUUCUGACAGUCAUGAAAGUAUUUCCACAACUUCAUGGGUAGGAAGUUCUCAACCAUCUCAGGUGUUUCAUGUGGACAGUUCUACCUCAGAUGUUACAAGUAAUGGGGUUAUGGUUCAACAUGGUAGUUUAGAGUCUGGAUCAACUAUCUUAUGUCAGGUCCAAACUGAAGGUGGAGGGUCUGUAAUCAUUCCUCUGCUGCCAUAUAAUCAAGGAAGAGUUUCAAGAGCAACAGAGUCUGGGCUUGUGAUUCAACAGUGUACAGAAGCUUCUGGUCUGAAUCAGCAAUCUCUGCUCCAGAUCACACCCAAUGUACAGUAUUUGUUUUCACAUUCAAUUGGUCCCACUAUUAAUUCAGAACAAACUGUUCACUUGGAUGUUGCUGGGAUUAAUUUUCCAACCAGUAAUAUUCCAUCCAGUCCUUUGCAAAUAGCUAGCAGUAUUCCUUUAGCUUCACUUUCAUCUGUUGAAGUGGCACAGCACAUAGGUAUAACUAAUGGCAUUCCAGGACAGACUGGAACAGAUCAUGAUAAAGUACAAAAUUCGAAGUGUUUGGAAAACAUGAGAGUUCAAAUGUUUGCUAAUGGCCAAGCUCUGAAUACAAAUCAUUUAGUAAGCUCUCAAAACAUUUCUCAACCAGUGAUUUUAGCUUCACCACCAGCUGUGAGCAAUCCUGACAUUCCAGGAAUAGUUCUUCAGGCAGCACCAAAUCUUCAAAACAUCACUAGUGUAACUACAAUACCAUUAGAAACAGUAACACUUCAUGCAAGUAACAAUACCAUAGAAGGGGCCAGAGAAAAUAGUCACAAUUCUUCAGAAACUGCUUGUGUUUUGUCAUCAUCAUCCUCACUGAAAUCCAACUCCUUAGUUUCUGUUGGACAAAUUGCAGACAGCCAUACUGUGUUAUAAGGAUAAGAGUCUUCUCUCAGACAUCAGUAUAAACCAACUUUUUCUCUACAGUAAUCUUCAAGAAAAUAUGGUUUUACCUUUGAGUCUUGUCUAAAACUCAUAGGUAUGAUAAAAAGGGGUAUCAGAUUUACUUAAAUAUGUUUAAUUUUUCGUUUUGCAUAGAAAUAACUGAAAAAGUGAAUAUACAGUUGAAAACAAGCAGGAAAAACAUUUCUCAGAUUUUUUGGAAACCAUUUUUAGUAUUAAAUAAAAUAAUCAUAAAACAAUAUUUUUUUUAAACUAAGUCAGGAUAAAUUAUUCAAAUUAGCUUCUUGUACUUUAAAUGCAGAUAGAGUUAAAAAUUUCUUAUCCUGAAAUUAUCUUAAUAUUUUAUUCUUUAAAAUAUAAGAUGCAAUAAUUAAUGAAAUAUUCUGUUGCUAAGAGUUAUGCCUUAUGCCCACUACCAUUUAUACAUGUAGCUGAAAAAUAGAACAUUUGAUGCAAUGCUGCCAUCUGUUAUCUGACAAAAAAUAAGAAGUUAUUUCAUGUUUCAGAUCAGAAUUUUUAUAACAGUUCAUUGGUAUAUGAAUACUAUAUUGUUUUAAACAUUGAUUUUUUGACAACAAUUUUGAAUGUUGUUUUCAUACUUAUACAAAUGUCAGAUUAUGACUUUUUGUUUGAUUUCCACAAAUUUGUUUGGUCUGAAGAACUCUUCCUACCUUUUUAUGUUAGUGUCACAUGUAUUGUUAUAGCUGCAAACUUGUGAUUCAAGGUCUAGUGUAGAAUUAAUUGAUAAUAUUCAUUCAUAGUGAGAAUUUUCUAUGCACUUGUGACCUUAUCAGGAUUAUAUACAAAUUUGAUAAGGGUUGUCUCAGUAUGAAAAUAACAGUUUUUUCAAAUGUGAAGUUAUUGAAAUGUAUAAUGGAUUCUUUAUAUCAAUCCUAUAGUGGCUAAACUAGAUAAAACUAUUUACUACA